AUGUCCAAAGUUAUACCACCACCUGUACCAGCAAUAAAACCAAAAUUGGAAAGUUUUAAUUCAUUUUAUACAACAUUACCAGAUGGUACAAGACAAAAACCUAUACCUUUUCCUCGUACCUCAUUUUAUGAACCAUUAAAUAAUAAAAAAAUAUUGAAAAAAUUUGAAGAUAUAACAGAAAUGGAAUAUACAAGGGGAACAAAAGAUUAUUCAAAUAAUGUUUUUGAUAAAAAAGAUAAUUUAAUACAAAUUUGUGAAAAAAACUUUAAUUCUGAUCAUUUAAAAAGAUGUUCAAUAUCAUCUACCCCAACAACACCAAAUUUACAUAGUCCAACGGCUUUUGUUUUAGAUCCAGCAAAUUUAAUUUAUGUUGUACCAAAUCCAGUAAAUUCAAAGUUAGCUGAUGUGCUGAAACCAAUGACAAAAAAUUAUAAAGCAAUUGCAAACAAAGAGAAGCAUUUUAAUGGAAAUUUAAUUUAA